UGAUGGUAAAACAAAAUGUCCAACUCAAUCCUAUGAUAUAGACUUUAGUAUUACUGCACCCAAAUUGCCUAAUUUCUACAUUAUCGAAGCCUCAAUUUUUAGACCAAACAAAAGCCUAACAGUAGCUUGUGGUUAUACUCCUUAUAUGACUAGAUA